GCGUUAGAGUGCCAUGUAUUAUAGGUGUGACAGUAAUGAGCAGAUAAGUGCGGUCAAGGUGUCGUCGGCACUGCAGCAUCCGCUCUGCGGCUGAUCGCUGCUGCUGCUGCUCACAGACCCGCUGACAAAGUCAUGGAGGGAGGGAAGUUGUGAGGCUAAGAAGUGGGUCUACAUCCCCACGAAAAGGGCAAUUUAAAAACAAUGGCGGAGGCUAAUCCACUCAGGGGACUGCCCCGGAUCCAGAGGGCUGCGGUAAAAUGGAUUCUUCUCGGUUUUGGACCGGGUUUAUGCUGCAGAACUGACAAACGCUACUGCGGGCGCUGGGCGCGAGUCUGGUUUGCUUUUGAUUAAUAAGAAACUAUAAACAAGACUAUAAACGCAAGCGUUUGUAAUAAUACAUAUUAGUUAGGACCGGGAUAAUUAUUGAGGUCAGCAGUAUUGCGUUUUACAUUUGAAUACAGGCAUGUGCAAUGAUCGGUUUUUGAAACACCUGAGCACUUCGUUUGUAACUCCGUGUAUGGAUUAUGACUAACGCAAUAAUAAUAGACUUUAUACUUUUGGCUGUGCAUCUGUGUUUUAUUGCUAGUCAUUACACAUAUGCACCAUAAGGGUGUAUUUUAACCCCUGAUGAUGAAGUAAAUUGCAGGACUACUGAUUAUGGCAGCAAAAGUGAAUGUCUCUGAUGAGGUUUACUGAUCAUAAGUCAAUCAAAAAGGGAGACGACAGACAGCUUACACUUACUUUUCAGCAUUAGCAGUUAGUCGGUCUUUAAGGGUCUGAAAAAGUGCAUAGUAGUUGCUAGUUAGAUUGAAUUUCCUGCUUGAAUCAGCAGGAAAGGUGUUACAAGAGGAGGUCACAUUUUAGUAUUUUAAAGGCUAAAAAUACAUUUUAAUUGUAAUUCGAGUUCUGCCCUUGUUGUUUAAUCUGUUUGCUUAAUUAUAAUUUCAAUAUGUGCAUCUAUGGAAAUAGGUGGGUGUCUGACCUAAAUCUGUGAACUCAUUAGAAGAGAGAGGAUGAUAAACAAGCAGCCACCCACUCUUUAUGAUUAAAUUAUUAUAUUAUUACUCUAUAAAUCAUUAUGUGAUUGGAUAUGAGUUGAAUGUGCCCAUCUCAUCUUCAGAUGUCAUUCCCUGGACAUUUGCACUUAGUUCUAGUGCUGAGACCCAAAACCCAAUUGCAGACCACUGGAACAGACCUCGGUUUCCGCUUCAGUCAGGACGACUUUGCGCUCAAGAUGCCGAUGGUAAUGCUGAGCUCCCUGACAGACCUGCUUCGCUUCAUUGAUGAAAAUCAACUGAGUACUGAGUUUGGUGGUACGCUGGAGGAAUGCCAUAGUGACUGGAUAGUUCUGCAAACGGCUAUAGAGAGUUUUGCAGUGAAUGUAAAGGAGAUUGCUCAGUUACUACAGACAUUCGGCACAGAGCUGUCUGAGAUGGAGCUACCUGAUGAAGCCAGCGGCAUUGAGUACCUACUCAGAUCACACACUGAGAAAUACAGGCAGAUGAAGGAUGACAUUAGGUCAGUUAUGAGGGAAGGACGCCAGCUUCUCUCAAACCUUGAGGCCUCAAAAGCUGUGGAAGGUGCUGCAGCAGAAGACAGAGACACUAGCCAAGACAAAGAAAGAGUGCAGAGACUCGUGGCACAGUUACGAGACAUGGAGAUGGCCUUUGAUGGCUUUUUUGAGAAGCACCACCUCAAGCUCCAACAAUACCUUCAACUGCUCCAAUACGAGAUGAGCUUCCAUGAGAUGGAAGCCAUUCUGGAGAAACUCAGUGCGCAGGAGAAAGCCAUUGCAUCUGUGGGGACAACAGUGGCCCAGACAGAGCAGCUGCUCAAAGACCUCGAGAUGCUGGAAACCACAGCAGAGGAAGAAAUGGGCCAUGCUCAGAUUAUUAUUCUACAUGGGCACCAGUUGGCAGCGAGUCAUCACUACGCUCUUGCCCUAAUAGUUCAGCGCUGCAAUGAACUGAGGCAUCAGUCUGACACUCUCACUACAGCUCUUCGUGCCAAACGGGCAUCUCUCACGCGCAUACGAGACCUGCUGUUGCGGUUGGAGGAGACUGUGCGUUGGUGUGAUGAGGGUGCCUAUCUGCUGGCAAACCAGCUGCUGGAUAAGUUUCAGUCAAAAGAGGGGGCGCAGGCAGCCCUGCAGGACAUUGAGAAACUGAUGGAGACAGAUCCCUCAGUGCUGCAGUCUAACCCGGACAUUCUCAGCCUGGAGUUUGAAGCAAUACUCACUCCACAGUUGCAGUCUCAGAUAGAGUCUGUCACAGAAAAGCUAUCAGCAGUGCAGGGAAUGAUCCAGAGCAGACAGUCCUGUCUGAGGAAACUGGCUGAUAUUCAAGUCAGACCCAUCCAGCUGGUUGCUCCGAGGCCUGAGAACUUGCCAUGCUGCAAAUCCCCUGUAUUCUCUCCUAAACACAGUUUUGAUGUGAACUCCGGUUUAAGGUUUUCUUUUGAUCUUGCACUUCCUGGUAAAAGGGCCUCACGGAAAGGUCCCAGCACUAAAAAGAUAGAGGUCAUGCACGACUACGAGGAGAACCGCAGCUGUCUGUCCUACAGCCCAGAGGGAGUUGAGAACCCCGACCAACAUAAACGCCAUGUAAUGAAGGAGCUGAUUGAGACGGAGAGAAUUUAUGUGGAUGAGCUGCUGUCUGUUUUGCUGGGUUACAGGGCAGAGAUGGACAACCCAUAUCUCUCUAAUAUAAUGCCAUCUGUACUGCGAAACAAGAAAGAAGAGCUGUUUGGAAAUCUGCCGGAGAUCUAUAAAUUCCACAGCAGGAUAUUCAUGCAGGACCUCCAGAGCUGCUUUGAGACCCCAGAGAGAGUGGGAGAGCGCUUUCUGGAACGGAAAGAAAAUUUUCAGGUCUAUGAGUGCUACUGCCAGAACAAACCUCGCUCAGAUGCCCUCUGGAGGCAGUGUUCAGAUUCAGCUUUCAUCCAGGAGUGCAAAAAGAAGCUGGAUCAUAAACUGGGUCUGGACUCAUAUUUGCUGAAACCUAUUCAACGUUUAACCAAGUACCAGCUUCUUCUGAAGGAACUACUAAAACACAGCUCAAACUCACAGUAUGCAUCUGAGCUGCAAGGGGCGCUAAAUGCCAUGCUGGACCUCCUCAAGUCUGUCAAUGACUCCAUGCAUCAAAUUGCCAUCACUGGUUAUGAGGGCGAAUUGAGUGACCUGGGCCGUGUCCUUAUGCAGGGGUCUUUCAAUGUCUGGAUCAACCAUAGGAAAGGGCCAACACGCAUGAAGGACAUGGCUCGCUUUAAACCAAUGCAAAGGCAUCUGUUCCUUCAUGAAAGAGCUCUGCUUUUCUGCAAGAAGAGAGAGGAGAGCGGAGAGGCACAUAAUCGGACAGCCUCUUACAGCUUCAAACACUGCCUGAUGAUGAGUGCUGUUGGUAUCACAGAAAAUGUCAAAGGGGAUGUAAAGAAGUUCGAAAUUUGGUAUAACGGAAAAGAGGAGGUGUAUGUUGUUCAGGCUUCAACUGUAGAUGUGAAGACUGCAUGGCUCACGGAGAUUAGAAAAAUCCUCCACAAUCAGCAAAAGAUUGACAAAGGUGAUGCUCACCUGGAUGGUGAGCAGACAUUAUCUCCACCCUUGGCUGACAGUGUGAGGCAUAUGUCGGUAUGCAUGCCCUGGACAUCCACACAGAUCACUGGCUGCUCAGGUUGUUUUGAUGUCCUUGCUCACAGCAAGCUCCAGGGGGCGUCUGUCAGCUCUGAGGAGGCCGAUUCAGGCCGCGUGAGUCCGGUUUUGACAGACCCAGUCAUUGUUUCUCCACGUCCUCGCCACCACAACCACCGCAGCUGGCCAGGGACAUCUCACUCAGUGGACAUCAGUGAGAGUCUGGAGGACUGGACCACUGACCUUUCGAACAUUUCAGACUCUGAUGAAGAAGACGAUGUAUUGCUUGUUCCUGGAAGGUAUAGAGCAAUGGUGGACCACUUAAAGUGUGGCAAGGAUGAUGUAAUCAUCAAAUGUGGUGAUGUCAUUCACGUGCUUAAGGAGAGUGCCAUGGGGCUUUGGCAUGUUAAGAAUUUGACUCGUGGAGGUGAAGGAAAACUCCCUGUUGAUGCACUUCUGAGAAUGCUGGGAGACGCAGGCAGAAGUCCCUCCAUUAGGCCAGGAGUGGGGCUUAUGGUACGGGAAAUAUAAACAGCAGGAAGCCCAGCAACACAUAAGUACAUAAACCACAUGUACACAAAGCUCCCACCAUGUGACAACCCUAAAGACCAUUAUUGUCAUUCAGGACUGAGCCCAGUCAUGCCAACCUGAGCCACACAAACAAACAACAAGUCAGGAAAACAGAGACUCCUAGUCAAAAGAAAGUUUCCAUCUGCCAUCAGUGGGGAUUUUGGAUUAUGCUGCAUUUAAAAACAAAAAUAUAUUCCUCUCUCUCGUCGAACAAGUCAAUGACACCAUCAACAACAGUCUGGAAAUAAAAGGAGCUUUGCAAAGCACUUUACACUGAUCUACUUCACCCCAGAAAGUACCAUCACCAUGCUGUGCCAUAACAUGAUAUAAAACACGUAUUUGUGUAGUUAGCACAGUAUUUAACUGUUUAAUAAAAACAGGAAGGUUUAUUGCAUGGGGCGUAAACUGGCUUGAGAGAAUAGUAAACUAUUUUUUUCUCAGUGGUUAGACAUUUAUUUAAAAAGCCAUUUUAGUUCUGGAAUGGACACCAGUGCUACAAAGAA